CUAAAAUUAGAACUAGGCUGACAUUACAUUUCACCCAGCUACAGUCUGAGGAUUUUCAUCACUGGGAGUCACACUGAAAACAAUUCUGCCUUCAGUCCACUCCUAGUUGAUACACUAACUUUGGACAUGUCAGCUCCUGUAUGCACUGACCGCGGUCCUUUCUGAGAUGGCAUCUGUGAUUCAGUUAUUCAAAAUUUAAUGAAGUUGGUGACCCUGUGACAAUGUGGAGAAAUCAUGUCAGAAAAUGUGGUUAGUACUGGGGCUGUCAAUGCUGUAAAGGAAGUUUGGGAAAAAAGAAUAAAGAAACUCAAUGAAGACCUGAAGCGAGAGAAGGAAUUCCAACAAAAGCUAGUGCGAAUCUGGGAAGAACGAGUAUGCUUAACCAAGCUAAGAGAAAAGGUCACCAAGGAAGAUGGAAGAGUCAUUUUAAAGAUAGAAAAAGAGGAAUGGAAGACUCUCCCUUCUUCUCUACUAAAACUGAAUCAGCUACAGGAAUGGCAACUUCAUAGAAUUGGCUUGCUGAAAAUUCCUGAAUUCAUUGGAAGGUUCCAGAACCUUAUUGUGUUAGAUUUAUCUCGAAACACAAUUUCUGAGAUACCUCGAGGAAUUGGACUGCUCACUAGACUUCAGGAACUGAUUCUUAGUUACAAUAGAAUCAAAACUGUCCCCAUGGAACUAAGUUACUGUGCCAGCUUGGAGAAACUUGAACUUGCUGUUAACAGAGACAUCAGUGAUCUUCCACAAGAGCUCAGCAAUUUGUUAAAGCUUACUCACCUUGAUUUGAGUAUGAACCUCUUUACUACAAUCCCUCCUGCUGUGUUGAACAUGCCUGCCCUUGAGUGGCUUGAUAUGGGAAGCAACAGACUUGAACAACUUCCUGAUACUAUAGACAGAAUGCAAAAUCUACAUACAUUAUGGCUGCAACGGAAUGAAAUAACAUGCUUGCCAGAAACAAUCAGCAGUAUGAAAAAUCUGAGUACUCUUGUUCUCAGCAACAAUAAACUGCAAGAUAUUCCAGUGUGUAUGGAAGAGAUGACCAAUCUAAGGUUUGUCAACUUCCGAGACAACCCAUUGAAACUGGAAGUAACACUUCCUCCCAGUGAAAACAUAGAAGAGGAAGAGGAACGGGAAUUAUUCGGCCUUCAGUUUAUGCACACAUAUAUACAGGAGUCACGGAGAGCAGGUAACCAAGUCAACUGCUCGACUACUUCCCCAAACUCCAUAGAUGCUGAUGGAUAGUAUAAUUCAAGAUGCCCUGCUGAAGAGGAUUGCUUUGGGAAUUUGGUGAAUUCUCUAAUGUUUGGAUUUCUAAAGUAAAAAACAAAGCCAUUAUCUAAGUUCAAUGAGGCCACAACAUUUUUAAAGUUCACAUUAUCUGCUAUUUAAAUAUUUCCAUGGAUAUAAAAAUACAAUUAAAAAAAUUUUUUUUGGUGGAAGACA